AUAAGAGGAGGGAGAGAGUAGUGGGCAGAGGGAAAUGGGGUUUCAUUUGUUCUUUGGGAGAGGGACGAAACAAAACAAGUGAGGGGCGGGGGGCCCUUGGAAUGGUGUUGAACUUUAGAUCCCUCCCAACUUCAUAAAAUUAUACUUCAUCCAUUCUUGAAAUAAUGAUUGUAUACACCGUACAAUUGGUUACGAGUGAUCUUGUAAAUUAUCAUCCGGACAAACUAAUCUAGACCGGGUUUAUGGUGAUUUGCUGAGUUCAGACACUGAAAAGGCACAAAAAAUACGAGUUCACCAGGAGAACUAAACCCUAGAUUUUCCAUUUCCACGGGACGCAGCUCCCGCUCAACGCUGAAGCAAUGCAUUUCCUGAUUAGAAGAACGCUCUCACGCUCUUCUCUCUCGCCAUCAAAGCCAAGCAAUUGCAUUCUCUUGAUCAAAACCCUAGCUUCACUCCCGCAAGCCUCCGUCCAUCCCUCCCCGAAACCCGGAGAACCGUCGUAUUCCACGGCGUCGUACGUGCUGAAUUCCCCGAAAGUCGCAAAAGAAUCCGGCGCCGCCUCUUCUUCCUGGCGGAAGCCCAGCGUGAUUCCGUUCCAAGGCAAGGCUGCAAACUCCGUGAAAUUGGUUGGUUCCGUGCAAUUGCCUGUUCAGUUCCAGACCUUGCCCGAUGGAAAGCCUGUGGCCGCGACUGUCAUUAAGCAAGAUAACCACGAACUCAGCACGGCAAUGUCUCUCUCCUUGCCUUAUCUGCCUUCUGUAUUGAUUCCUGUUGUGUUCGAGGGUGAUUUGGCUCAUGUUGUGAAGUGCCAUGUGAAGGAGACUGAUUGUGUGUUUGUGUCUGGGAUAUUGUGUGGAGACCCUUUGCCCUUUGCGGUUGGCGAUCACGAAGGGAGCUUUCAUAUUGUGGCUCAAGAUGUCUACUUCGUACAGGGCAGAGUUGAAGGGAAGGCUCCUGGCAGAGGAAAUGGGGCAGUGAUUUCUGAUUCAAACACCGCCCCAGAUGAUGUUAAGGGGAAAGAAUUGAAAAAUGUGGAAGUGGAUUGUGGUUCAAGAACUGCCCAUGAGGUUCUCAAGCGUAAGGACGUCGAGAAAGGUGCUGCUAUAAGUGAAGAUUGGUGGGAUUUGAUCAACAAUCCAAACGAGUGGCUGGAUUACAGGCAAAGGAAGUCUGAGGGGACAGUGAAAUCUAAACACCCGGAUUUUAAGCACGCGGCAAAAGGUACGGCGCUAUGGCUCAGCAAUGAGACCCCAGAGGAGGUGGUGAAAGCGCUCCAAGGAUUGAACUUUAGUUCAGGACAGUUUAAGAAUGUGAAGGUGGAGCUGUGGAAGCGUUUGGUGGAGAGUCCUGAAAAAUGGUGGGAUAACAGGUCAAGCAAAUGGAAUGAGAAAGCUCCUGACUUCAAAAACAAAGAAUCGGGCGAAGGGUUGUGGUUAAGCAGUGCACCUGAGUGGGUAGAAUCCAAGCUGCCGCCUCCGCCUCCGCCAAACAAGCCAAAUGUUGCUCGGUCUUCCACCCCACAGGUAAGUUAAACCAGCUGGCUGAGGCCCUCUUUUGUGAGGCCUGCUUAAAAUUGUUGGUGUUUGGACUAGUUGCUGAUGUUCCUUAAACAGAAGUCCAUUUAGGGCCCUGUGGAUUCUCUCUUGACACGGAAUUUUUGCGGUGUGAUUGAAGUUUAAGCUGUUCUCUAGCUUCAAAUUUCACAUUCUCACUACACCAAUUAACCAAGGGUCCUAUAUUUUGCAAGAUCAGAUUUUGCUGCAUGUGUAUUUACCUUUAUAUGAACAUC